CUUUUCUUAAAGUUCUUUCAAUAUUUUAUAUUCUCGCCAACAAUCUCUUCACCCAAUAAAAGCUCCAUGGCUGAUUGCAGAGAUAUCGCCAGAUAUUGUUUUCUUAUGCAUACAUCUUAGGAUCUCAAAUUGAAUCAUUGAAGACGAAGACCUAUUAAAUAAAAUAUGCAUUAUAUGGCAGACUACGAAAGCGACACCUUAUCCUCUUGGUCCUCCAUUGGAAUAAAACCAGUAGUUCAUACAGACAAUCCAGUCUGAAACCCCAAAAACCAUGAAUACAACACAAAAAAAGGACUUGCUACAUCAUCUUUUAUUGUUUUUUAUUAUCUUUUCUGCUACUUCUUCUUACUUGGCCGUUGUUCAUGGGGUUAAUGAAGCAGUUGGUUAUGGCUACAAACUGAAAUCUGUUUCCGUUGACCCGGAGCAAAAAUGGUUGGCCGCCGAUCUUUCUCUUAUCCGCAACUCCUCUGUUUAUGGACCUGAUAUUCAAAAUCUCAAUCUUUUCGUCAGCUUCGAGACAAGCGAUCGUUUGAGAAUCAGAGUUACAGAUUCAGGGCAUCAAAGAUGGGAAAUCCCACAAGAAAUUAUUCCUCGUCAAUCCCAAAAUCCUUUCAGCCUCGGCUCACCAGCAAACUACCAGACACGGAAGCUAAUGGAAACACGCUCGGUGUCGGACCCAACAUCGGACCUCAUUUUCACUCUCCAAAACACCACACCAUUCGGGUUCACGGUGAAACGCCGAUCCUCCGGCGACACCCUUUUCGACGCAUCACCGGACCCAUCGGACCCACGCACUUUCUUGGUGUUCAAGGAACAAUACAUCCAACUCUCCUCGGCGCUGCCUGAAAACAGGUCGUCUCUGUACGGACUCGGGGAACACACGAAGAGAUCGUUCAAGUUACAACACGACGACACGUUGACGUUAUGGAAUGCGGAUUUAGCGAGUGCUAAUCUUGACUUCAAUCUUUAUGGAUCGCAUCCCUUUUACAUUGACGUAAGAUCAGCAUCUGGUAGUGGCAGAAUUGCGGCAGGAACUAGCCAUGGAGUAUUGUUGUUUAAUAGCAACGGAAUGGACAUAGUCUAUGGAGCAAACCGGAUAACUUACAAGGUCAUUGGAGGUAUUAUAGACUUGUAUGUUUUUGGUGGACCAUUGCCCCACACCGUCGUGCAGCAGUAUACUGAACUUAUUGGCCGCCCUGCUCCCAUGCCUUAUUGGUCCUUCGGAUUCCAUCAGUGCCGAUAUGGUUACAAAAACGUUUCUGACCUCGAGGGUGUGGUUGCUGGCUACGCCAAAGCUAACAUCCCUCUGGAAGUUAUGUGGACGGACAUCGAUUACAUGGAUGGAUUUAAGGACUUCACUCUUGACCCCGUCAACUUCCCGGAGGACAAGAUGAAACAACUCGUCGAUAAGCUUCAUCGGAAUGGUCAAAAAUAUGUGGUCAUCAUAGAUCCCGGUAUCAGUGUAAACAGUUCAUAUGGAAGCUACAUCAGAGGGAUGCAAGCUGAUAUAUUCAUAAAAAGAGAUGGCAUCCCUUAUUUGGGUGAAGUUUGGCCUGGUCGAGUCUACUUUCCAGAUUUUGUAAACCCUCAAACACUAACAUAUUGGGGUGGUGAGAUCAAGUUGUUUCGAGACAUUCUCCCUGUUGAUGGUCUUUGGCUCGACAUGAAUGAGGUAUCCAACUUCAUAACAUCCCCUCCAACGCCAAAUUCAGCCUUGGAUGAUCCUCCUUACAAGAUCAACAACCAGGGAAUUCAACGACCCAUUAAUAACAAAACAGUUCCUGCAACUGCUCUGCAUUUUGGUAACCUGACAGAAUACGAUGUUCAUAACCUGUAUGGUUUACUGGAAUGCAAAGCAACUCAUGCGGCAUUGACCAAUCUGACCGGCAAACGCCCAUUUAUACUUAGCAGAUCAACGUUUGUAAGCUCUGGGAAAUAUACAGCACACUGGACUGGUGACAAUGCAGCCACCUGGGAGGAUUUGGCUUAUACAAUUCCAUCCAUUUUGAACUUCGGACUCUUUGGAAUUCCAAUGGUUGGCGCUGAUAUAUGCGGCUUUUCGGGGAAUACCACUGAAGAGCUGUGCAGGCGAUGGAUUCAACUAGGGGCAUUUUACCCUUUCGCUAGAGAUCACUCGGAGCUUCAUUCAAUCCGGCAAGAGCUCUAUAUCUGGGAUUCAGUGGCUGCCACAGCUAGGAAAGUGCUGGGCCUCCGGUACCGCCUGUUGCCAUACUUUUACACCCUAAUGUACGAGGCACACACGAAAGGGACUCCCAUUGCAAGGCCUCUGUUCUUCACAUUCCCUCAAGAUGUUCACACUUACGAAAUCAAUUCACAGUUUCUGGUAGGUAAAGGUAUAAUGGUUUCACCUGCAUUACAUCCGGGAGUAGUUUCAGUCGAUGCUUAUUUCCCGACAGGAAACUGGUUCGACCUCUUCAAUUACUCCAACUCAGUGAGCGCAACAUCCGGGAAAUACUUCACACUCGCUGCACCACCUGAUCAUAUAAACGUUCAUGUCCGAGAAGGAAACAUCAUAGCCAUGCAAGGAGAGGCAAUGACGACGAAAGCCGCUCGGGAAACGCCGUUCCAACUCCUGGUGGCCGUCAGCAACACGGAGAACAUCACUGGGGAACUAUUCUUGGACGACGGAGAGGCAGUGGAGAUGGGAGAAGGUGGGGGAAAGUGGAGUUUUGUGAGAUUUCAUGGAGCAGAUUCCGGUGAUAGCGUAUCUGUUAGAUCGGAGGUUGAGAAUGGAGAGUAUGCUUUGAGUCAAAAAUGGAUGAUAAAUAAAGUGACAUUCGUGGGGUUGGAAAAAAGGAGGAGGGUGAAGGGGUAUGAGUUAAGCCCUGGAAACACAAGAAUUUUGAAUGGAAAGCCAAUUUUGAAGCCAAAAUUAGGCAAGGAUGCCCAAUUCCAAGUUGUGGAGAUAACAAGACUGAUGCUACCUGUCGGAGAGGAGUUCAAUUUGCAACUCAAAACUCCCCAAAGUUAGUUAGAUUUUUAGUAAGAGCCACAUCUAUGGUGUCUCACUCACUCAUUUUCCCUCGAAAUCAGAAUCAAUAAAAUAAGUUAAUAUCCGUGGCACCAAUUUCUACUGCCAAUUUCUUUUAGAAUUCAUAAAAUGAAUGGGGUCGGAGAAAAGCUCUCUCAAUAGUGUUUUUUUUUUCAUUUAUAAAACUUAACCUUAAUAUUCAGUUUAAGGGGCAUUAAGUUCUUUGCCA